AUGUUUAAUGAAGAUUAUUAUAGAAGAUUAAUAGUUUAAUCAUAAAAUUAAUAAAUAAGAAUAAUAAAUACAGAUAGACCAUGGUAUCCUAAAAUGAAAUAAAAAGAUAUAAUUAGACCAUUAUUUAGUGAAGAUUUUAAAUUUUUUGUAUUACCACCUAAUAAGAUGAUUUCAUUAUUAAAAAGACAUAAAAUAACAAUACCAACAGAUGAAUAAAUAAGAGAAUUUCUUAAAAAUCAUUCAUUAAAGAAUAUAGUAGAUUAUGGAGUUAAAUUAAAAAGUACUACAGAAAUUAAAGUACAUCCUCCUUAAGUAAUUAUUUAAAAUUAAAGAAAAAGAGCAAAAACUAAAUAAUAAUUAAUUAUUAAUAAAAAGACUAUUAAUAUAUAACAUAUUAAUAAUAAUAUAAUAGAACCAACUAAAUAAUCUACAUCAUCUUAAUAUAAACCUUCAUAUCAUAAAACUUUAAAAAUAUAUAAGACUGAUUAUUCUAAUUAAGAUCUAUAUACAAUCAUAAAUAAAUUAAAUUUCUCACCUAUGUAAAUUAAUCAAUCACCUAAAUAAACAAAAUAAAAUAUACAUAUUAAUACUUUACCAUCUAAUGAGAUGAAUAUGCUGAUGAAGAUCGUUAAGGGAGCAAUUAGUUCAACACAAUAAAUGAGAACUAUAUUUUAAAAUUUUGGCAAAGUUCUUCAAUUAAUUAGAGUACAAUAAAAACAUUAAUUUUUUAUAUAAUAUGAAGAAAUUUUGUGAGUUACCUAAUAAAAAUAUCUGUUUUGGGUUGUGUUUUGGAUAGAAAUAUUUAAAAUGAAAGGAUUUACACUCUAAAAAGUACGGAUCUGAGAUAUCUUUCUAAAUUUACUUAGUGUUCCAUGAAUGAAAGGAG